GAAUGGCUUCUGGACCAUACCCUGGCGACCGUUCUAGGUUUGCCAAACUCGGAAUGGCAAUAAACGAAGAAUUGACCCAGGCUUGUAGAGAUGUCUUAGAAAUGGAGGUACCUCCUGGACUUGUGUAUAGCAAAGUGAAGAAAUUUACCAACGUGUAUAAAAAAUUACGCAAAGACCAAGAACUUCGACUUACACAAGCCAAAAAGAAUGGUUAUAAAGAGUUUGAUAUAACGUUGUUAUAUACACUGAUAAGGAACAUAUGUACAAAGAUUCUAAUUCCAACAAAAGGUUGGGGUGGGAACACAAUGCCGGCAGUAGGGGAUACAACAACUGGAGAUGACAUUGAGAGGAUAAGGUUGAUAAGAAACAACAUGUUUGGACACAUUAGCUCGGCUUCUACCUCAAAGGCAGAGUUUGAUGACACGUGGUCAAUCAUAACUGAUAUCUGCCAAAGACUGCAAACGUACACAAAUAAAGACUACAUGUCUGGUCUGAGUAACAUUCAAAGUCAGGCCUUAGAAGAGGAAAAUGAAAAAGCUAUAAUUGAAAAACUUGAAGCCGAUAUUAAAAGUAAUACAGAUCUUAUGGAAAAGAUUUCUCCUUUACAAGAUUUAAUGAUCAGAAUUUGUCAUAAGUGCAAUCCUUCGUUAAACGAUGUUGUUAGAGUGAGGCUGAUAAAGCUGAUCACAAUUCUAUAA